AACCAUUAAAAUAUUAAGAAUAUCACUUGGCAAAUGUAUUUUGAUGGAAUGGAACAAAACCCUAAACCCCAAUCUAAAAUUCAAUUUUCUUUCUUCUAAAACCCUAAACUACUCUCUGAUUCAAUUCAUCAGUCUGUUCUACAGUUUCAACUCUCUACUGGAAGCUUCAAAGUAAAAGCUUUAACAGAUUCAAGAUUGCGAUGGCAAAGCCAAACCCCAAGGUUUUCUUUGACAUUCUGGUUGGGAAGUCUAAGGCUGGUCGAGUUGUUAUGGAGCUUUUUGCUGAUGUUACUCCCAAAACUGCCGACAACUUCCGUGCCCUGUGCACCGGAGAGAAAGGAAUCGGAAAAUGUGGGAAGCCCCUCCAUUACAAGGGCUCAGCUUUCCACCGAAUCAUCCCAAACUUUAUGUGCCAAGGUGGAGAUUUUACCAAGGGAAAUGGGACAGGAGGAGAAUCUAUAUAUGGAACCAAGUUUGCUGAUGAAAACUUCAAAUUGAAACAUACAGGCCCCGGUAUUCUUUCGAUGGCUAAUGCAGGACCAAAUACUAACGGGUCUCAGUUCUUCAUUUGCACCGCAAAGACAUCGUGGCUCGAUGGAAAGCACGUGGUUUUUGGUAAAGUGAUUGAUGGUUAUGACGUGGUGAAACAGAUGGAGGCAGUGGGCACCGAAGGUGGAAGAACUACUGCACCAGUGAUCAUUGAAGACUGUGGCGAGCUACCCGAGAACUGAUCGAGCUUAUUUUACGAAAUGUACGUUGCACUACCCUUUCAUAUUUAUAGAUGGGUGCACGUAAGGAGCUUUAGAAAGAAAUAACACUAGAGUUUUGGUAGUUGCCCUGUUCUGUAUGGUUAUGCUUUAGGAUCUAGAUUUUUGUCUACUAAAUGCUACCUUAUAUAAGGCUUUGUGGUUCAUCAUAAUUGUUUGUCAAGAACUUUGUUUUAUUUUCGUAUCAAUUUCAGCUUUUGUAUCAUACAA